AUUCAUGAUAGGAAUUCCCAUAACUUGAAAAACCAAUAAAUUAUAGUACUAAACCAGGCACUCACUUCCAAGCAGAAUUUCCACGUCACGUAAUUAUGCAGCCAAAGAUGUCAAAUCAUAUGGAAUAUUCUCAUUCAUCAGAAGCAGACACGAGAAAGAGUAGGAGUAAUAAGAAAAGAAGGUUCAAUGAUGAACAAAUAAAAUCAUUGAAAUCCAUGUUUGAGAGAGACUCAAGGCUGGAACCGUCGAAGAAAUUGCAGGUGGCAAAAGAGCUUGGUUUGCAACCAAGACAGGUUGCUAUAUGGUUUCAGAACAAGAGAGCUCGAUGGAAGUCAAAGAAGCUUCAGCGAGACUACACCAUACUUCGAGCCAAUUAUAACUCUUUGGCUUCCCACUUUGAUCUUCUCAACAAGGAGCAUCAAGCAUUGCUAAUUCAGUUGCAGGAGCUGAAUGAUGAAAUACACAAGUCACUAGAACAUGCUGAAAGUUGUACAACAGGAAAGAAGAUGGAGAGUGAGAGAGAAAAUGGAGACAUGAUGAAAAGUGAACAAGAGGUAAAGCAGUCAAAAAGAUCAGAAGACAAUAUUGUUGGUAGUGUUAACGUUCUCUCUGAGGAUGACAGCGGCAUAAAGGCAGAACAACACUUUGGAGUGGAAGAUGAACCUGCCGCUGUGAAUGUUGUUCACCAUGCUAUUGCUGCUGAGGAUUGGUGUGUGUUUGACUAUGAUGAUAUCUUAGGCCAAUCAACCAGCUCCGAUUAUCAAUGGUGGGACUUCUACUCCUGAAUCAACCAAAUAAUUAAGUGCAUGUGUGUGUCAUUAUGAAAUACCAGAAAUUCAAUAAUUCUCCUUGGAAAAGAAAAAAUAAUAAAUAAUUACUCCCUCCCUUUUUUA